UAUCACCAAACUAUGCUGUCUCUGACAUUUUAAACAACAUUCCCAGCUAAAGAGAAGACAGUCAUGGUAUUUCAUUUAAGAGUAUGAGCAAGAUUUUAACAAAUCAAAUUUUAGCCUAAUUUGACUGGGAGUCAAAGGCAGAUUUUGAGUUCCUAACCCAGUAGACGGACGUGUGAAACGUGAUUACGUAAGAGACUACGCAAAUUAGUAGUUUAAGUAGAAGAUGCUUGUCGUCCAUCUUGGAUCGCGGGCUACAGUUAUUUUAUACAUCAAUGGGCACAAGGGAAUAAAAUCACAGCACAUUUAGCAGAAGAACAAUUUAAACCUAUCGACUUUCAUAACGUUUUUUAAAAAAUCUCAAAAUGUCCAAACUGGAGUUGUUCAACGCGUAUCUUACAGAACGGCUGACCGCGGCGGCGAGGGAGAUAACAUYGGCAGUAGAGAGAACAAUAACAGACUAUCAGGACGAAAUCUCCCGUUCCAAGGAGGAGAACGAACGGUUACGACUGUUGCUGGAUUUCAAACCACAUUUACACUUACAUACAAAAGACCCCCAACAGCUCCCCUUCACAGUCUCUAAAGAGGGGGUUCCCCCUGAGCAGCAGCACUGUGAACAAGAGUGUCCCAGUAUGGGGCAACAGGUCCCAGAGCCCACACAGAUUAAAGAUGAACAGGAGGAAGAGCCGCUUCAAGGGCAGGAGUCUGAUACCAAAGACUUCAUAACUGUCUGUGUGGUGAGUGACUGUGAGGGUGUGAACACACGUCAUGCAUCCCACACUGUGGAGAGUAGAGACGGAGGUUCACCAUUCAACAACACAACUGGAAAGAUCCAGACAGAGCCUGAUGAUGAAGACUAUAUAGACUACAUAGUAUCAGAACCAUCCAGUCCUGCAGCUCGGAGUGAAAACAGUGUUAACAGUGGGAGGGACACCGAUGGGGAGAGCAGGGAGCGACCGCCGGGGUCAAAGCCACGGAAAUCACAAAGAAAACGGGUGAAGAAAGGAACAAGUGUUGUUGAAGAAGCUUCUCCUUAUUGCUGCAAGCUGUGUGGGAGGACUUUUGUUCGUAUGGGUUUUUUAGUUAAUCACGUGCAAAGAACACACACAARGCAUGCUAAACAAUACCGUUGCGGUGUGUGUGAAGGAGUCUUGGACUCCAAAGAAAAUCUGACAGUCCACGUGCAAACCCACACUAAAGAGAGAAGUACUGCUCACCCUCAAACCCACACUGAACCAAAUCCUAGGCCCACUGCUCACCCUCAAACCCUCACUGAACCAAAACCUAGGCCCAGUACUCACCCUCAAAUACUCACUGAACCAAAACCUAGGCCCAGUACUCACCCUCAAAUACUCACUGAACCAAAACCUAGGCCUACUGCUCACCGGCAAACCUUCACUAAAGGGAUGCCUACUCCUCAACUUCAACCUGCGGCCAAACCUACUUGUCAUGUUUGUGGCAAAUGUUUCCCUUACAAUCAUAAUCUGAAACUACACRUGCGUACUCACACAGGCGAGAGACCGUUCAAAUGCAGAGAAUGUGGUAAAUGCUUCCGAUCUAAGGGAUAUAUGAAGGUGCACUUGAGGAUUCACACUGGAGAGAAACUAUUCCAAUGYAAAGAAUGURACAAAGGCUUSCCUACCAAGCAAUACCUGACCAAACACAUGCUGUUCCACACAGGGGAGAAAUCCUACCAGUGUAAGGACUGUGGGAAAGGCUUCGACCAGAGGGAAGACCUUGAACAGCACCAGUCAACUCACAUAGAGGAGAAGCAUAUGGUUGCCAUAGAGUGUGGCAAAUGUUUUAAAGACACUUACCAUCUGGCAGACAUAAGCUGGUUCACACAGGGAGAGACCUUUCACGUGCACUGUGUGUGGACGGGGAUUCAGCACCCA